AUGCAUAUCCUGUCUACUCUCGCCGCCAGCUUCGUCGCCUUCACCGGCGUACAAUGCCUUGGUCUCAAUUUCCCCGGCAAUGCCGCGCUCAGCGUGGCCCCAGUACUUGCUCUCGCAGCACCUGUCGCCGCUUUAGGCCCUCGAAAGGAGCAGGUAGAGGCUGCCGACAGAUGUCGGUCCAUUGAUCCUGCUCAGUGCAUGCAGGACUGA